UACACCCAUCGGUAUGGACCUCCUCCAGAUCCUACAGAAGACCCUCUCGCCGGACAAAAACGAAUUGGUUUGUGCCCAACAGUUCCUGGAGGAAGCAGCGAAGAGCAACCCUCUCGAAUUCAUCAAAUCGCUGACAGAUGUGCUCACAAAUCCAACCAACCCCGGACCUUGUCGUGUUGCGGCUGGUCUUCAAAUAAAGAAUCAGCUCACAUCGAAGGACCCCGAUACCAAGAGACUCUACCAACAGAGAUGGCUCUCCUUCCCCGCUGAGCAGAGAAACGUCAUCAAGCAAAACUGUUUGUCAUGUUUCGGGACCGAGACCGAAAGGCCGUCCGCGGCCGCGCAAGUGGUUGCCUACGUCGCCAUCGCCGAACUCCCUCACGACCAAUGGCCGGAGCUGAUGAGGAUUUUGGUGUCGAACGUGGCGAACACGAACUCGACGGAAAUGAUCAAGGUGGUCACACUCGAAACAAUCGGUUAUAUCUGCCUGGAAAUCGAGCCCAUUGAGGUGUUGGCGGCGCGUUCCAACGAAAUCCUCACCGUGAUCGUUCACUGCAUGCGGAGAGACGAAACGUCCGAUCGUGUGAAGCUCGCCGCUACGAACGCACUCCAAAACUCCUUAGAAUUCAGCAAGAGCAACUUCAACAAUGACAACGAGAGACACUACAUCAUGCAGGUCAUCUGCGAAACGACUCAGUCCACAAACGUUCAGGUCCGGGUCGCGGCCCUCCAAUGCCUGGUGAAGAUCAUGUCCCUCUACUACGAAUUCAUGGAGCACUACAUGGCUCCCGCGUUGUUCGCCAUCUCGAUGGAAGCAAUCAAAAGCGACGUGGAUGAAAUCGCGCUGCAAGGUAUCGAGUUCUGGUCAAAUGUCUGCGAGGAAGAGAUCGACCUCUCGAUCGAGCUGAGCGAGGCUGCCGAAGAAGGUCAUCCACCGGCUCGUCUGUCGAUGUAUUACGCCAAGGGCGCCGUGCAGUACCUCAUGCCGCUGCUGACGCAGUGUCUCAUGAAGCAAGAGGAACACGACGACGAAGACGAGUGGAACGUGAACAAGGCAGCAGGGGUUUGUUUGAUGCUCCUCGCGACGUGCUGCGAGGACACCAUCAUUCCACACGCGCUCCCCUUCAUUCAGGAAAAUAUCAAACACACCGACUGGAGACGUAGGGAUGCCGCCGUCAUGCUGUUCGGCAGCAUUCUCGAGGGCGCAGACACCAAGUCGACCAAGUCGUUGGCCGAAACGGCAAUCGGAGCUCUCAUCUCGAUGUUGAGCGACUCGUCGGUCGUUGUCCGAGACACGACAGCGUGGACGAUCGGACGAGUUUGUGAGAACGCGUCCGCGGCCGCGCUCAACCCUCAGUACUUACCGACGUUGCUUCAAGAGCUCAUGAAGGCGCUCACGAUGGAGCCGCGCGUUGCGACCAACGUAUGUUGGGCGCUCAGCUCGUUGGGUCAAGCCGCCUACGAGGAAGCGCAACUGGGCGAUACGAGUAAAACUCCGGACACAUACGCCCUCACGCCGUACUUCGAAAGCAUCAUCACGAAGCUUUUGGAAGCUACUGAACGUCACGAUGGCAUGCAGUCGAAUCUCCGAGGUGCCGCCUACGAAGCACUCAUGGAAUUGAUGAAGAACUCGCCGACGGACUGUUACGCCUGGGUUCAACAGAUGACCAUGAUCGUUCUCCAACGAAUCCAGUCGAUACUCGAAGUUUCUCAAAUCGCAAUGUCCGCCUCCCAGCAGGAGAAAAACGCUUUCUUCGACUUACAAUGCCUCCUCUGCGCAACUCUGACAUCUUUGCUGCGCAAAAUGACACCCGCUGACGCGUUGCAGGCUUCUGACCUCAUCAUGACAGCGCUCCUGCAAAUGUUCAAGACCACCGUUGGCGCCAAGGAGAGCGGCGUGCAGGAGGAUGCUCUGAUGGCCGUGUCCACGCUCAUCGAAGUCCUGGGCGGAGGAUUCCUCAAGUAUAUGGAAUCGUUCAGACCAUUCCUCGUUUUGGGUUUGCAAAAUCACCAAGAAACUCAAGUUUGCCUGGCAGCUGUCGGCGUGUGCGCUGAUCUGUGCAGAUCGAUGGGCAUGGACAUGCUUCCGUACUGCGACGAAAUCAUGACACUUCUCUUGGAAGCGUUGAACGAUCCCGCUCUAGGCCGGAACGUAAAGCCCCAGAUCCUCUCGGCAUUCGGUGAUAUCGCCCUGGCCAUCGGUCCAGGGAUCCAGAAAUACGCGGAGGUCAUGCUCACGACGCUCUCGACAGCGUCCACAGCGCAGGUCGACCGGACGGACUUCGAAAAUAUCGAGUACCUAAAUGAUCUUCGAAAUGGAUGUCUCGAUGCCUACACGGGAAUCCUCCAAGGUCUCAAGGGCGAAAACCCGAACUCCAGUGGUUUGCAUAUUCUCCAUCCGCACGUAGAAUUUAUGGUCCGCUUCAUCAUGUCCAUCGCGCAAGACAACGAGAAGAACGACUCGCUCAUUGGGACUGCCGCUGGACUCGUUUUCGAUCUGGUCACAACGUUCAGCACGGAUGUGCUUCCUCUAGUUGACAACGAAAUCAUCAGCGACUUGCUGACCGAGGGCCGUCGAUCCCGAGUUCCGAAAACGAAGAGCAUGGCUGUGUACGCGACGAAGGAAAUCCGAAGGGUCAAAAAUGUUAACUGUUAACCGUGAGAUGUGAGAGCUGAUGACAGAACCAUCGUCGGCCCGAUUUCCGAUAAGAGCGUUCUUCAGCGUCGGAUGUAGAAAUUGUUGCUUCUGUAGAUAAACAUCGCACGAACGAGGAACGAGGCCGGAAGGGAAGAGAGAAGUCCGAAUAGGACGACAUCCGAAAGCGAAUUUGAGUCAAGUUUGGAGACUCGCCGAGCCGCGCUAGAAAUUGGUCAAUUCCGCAGGCCUUGCUCAAAUUCUCUCGCAAGAUCUAACGGCGUUUCGGAGAAAACUACGAAGACAGCGUAAUUGGUUCAGAUUGAUUGAGUGAUCAAUUUAUUCAUUGAUGAAUGUACGUCCGACCGACUGUUUGGGUACUGGUGGAAAUAUGGGAGGGCGAGAGGGCAUUCAUUCGGAGGGAUGUUGGAUGCUUCAGUGAGAGAUUGGGGGCCGAAUGAAUGUGGGAGGACGCCCGAGCGGUCGAGUGUGUAUGUAAAAAACAAUGUAUUUAUUAUCAAUCCAAAACAAGGAAGACCGGAGGAUUGAGUGCGCUUUAGAAUAAGGAAGCACCCCUGAACGAUGAUAUCAGUUACGACCGUUGGAGGAAUGGCACCAGCGAGGACAAUUACGAGAAACGCGACGACAACAAGCGUCUCCGCUGCAGCACGAUAAAGAAACAACAACAACAACGGCUACUUCUUCAACGACCACUGAAUUAUUCUCGACAAUUAACUGUUGCUCGUUACAUUUGUUGCUCUGGCUGACAGCGUUCAGGUUCAAGCCAAACAAUGGAAUAAAUACAGAUGAAAAAA